UCGCAUGUCGAUAGGCUAUUUUUAGCUAGACUGACGGUUUUGUUUUAAUUUCACUUAUGUUUGACUUUCAUUGUUUUGGAUUAUGACAACAGAUACAACAAAAGGGUGAAUAAAGAUCAAAGUUAUACGUGCAUGUACAUGUAAAAAAAGAAGCCCUUUUGGCUGUUCACACGGAGAACUCUAUCUUUGUCCUCGGCGUGUCCCUGCUGUUUUCGAGAAGAAGCAAAACUUGCAUCAGUCUUGCACUUUAGAGAGGACAGGAUUCGAAUGAAUGACUAAAUGAGUGAAGAUCAAUGAGCAGAACGAUAAAUUGAUAGAUCGAUAGAUAGACAGAUAAUUGAAAAACUGAGUAAAAAGUACAUCAAGAAAAAACUCCAUUUUAAUGUUAAUCAUUUUAAUUCUAGAAAAAGGUUUCCCAAAGCUGACUCACGCUUAUCAUUUACGUCUUUAUUUGUUUUUGUUUGGAUUUUUGUCUUCUUCUUUAUUUCGUUGGUCGUCAGGACGAUCUGCAAAAUAUGUCACUCCACUACUGUCACACAUUCUCGGUCACAAACAUUUCGUUUUUUUCUAAAAAUACUUUAGAAAGGCGGAUAGAAAUUAGACUAAGGAGACAGCUCCGAAUUUAUCACUUUGGGAAUUUUCACCGAUACCUGAUGAGUCGACACGUGAAUAAUUUAUGCCCAUAUCAGACUUCGUGCAGCGAACUUCGCUAAAGAAGGCGGGAAGCUGAACUUUCGCGAUCAAAUGUCACGCCUUAAUUUCACUCAAACUGUGCGCGCGCUGACUUCAAACUGGGCUCACGGGCGCUGUUAGGCUACGAGGAAGACUAAGUUUUCUAAAGCGGAGGCGAGCCGAUUAGUUAAACGACGAAUUCAGUGCAAUCCAAGUUGACACCAGUAAGCUUCGCAGUCGUUCAUUAAUGUUCUUCUUUCCGGGCUCUUUGUUAAUCGUAUCCAAGUGCUUUGGUUAGAUCUAUUGUGCGCAAAAGUGCAGGGGCGAAUCGCAAAUUGAUAGCGGCUUACGUAUUUCCUUUGUGAUCUCUGCCGAUAUCGAUGAAAACUAUUAUGUGACACUUAAAUUUAUUCCACAUAACAUCUUGAUGUUGCGAGAAUGACUCGAUUUGUAAUCGCGAAGCUUUCAUUUUUUCGUGCAUCCCAAUUUCACGUCAUCUGUCGCCGUUUGCGUUCGACACGUCAAGGUCCCUCGGGCCUUCUUUAGACUUUUUCCUCUUCAUAGCUAAUCAACUAGAUCCAUCUGCUUCACGUUAAUUCGGCGGUAAGCGUGACGCUUUUGGUUGUUUUUAAUACGCUCCGCUCAUGGUUUGACUAUAUUGAUCAGAGCCAUCUGUCAAUAUUCCCGUGAAUUUGCGCGGAGGCUACCUUUGACAUGUACGGCUUGCUUUUAGAGAAUUUUCGCAGUGUCUUGCUAGAGAAAUAUGGUGAAACGGUGUGGAACAAAAUUGUGGAGAAGUCUGGAACACGGCAUCAUACAUUUGCUACUCACAAGGUAUAUUCCGAGGAUAUCAUGGUACGUCUUGUACAAGCAGCUCUGGAAGUAACGAAUGCAAGCAGAGAAACACUUACCGAAGAAAUCGGCCUUCAUUUUCUCGGAUUCAUAGGUCAGUACGGUUACGACAGGAUUUUGAAAGUCCUCGGCCGGCACAUGAGAGAUUUUCUAAAUGGUCUGGAUAAUCUCCACGAGUACUUGCGGUUCACUUACCCGAAGCUAAAAGCACCGUCGUUUUUCUGUGAAAAUGAGACAGAGAGUGGCCUCACGUUACAUUAUCGAUCCUCAAGGAAAGGGUUUCUGUAUUACGUGAUUGGCCAGAUAAAAGCAGUCGGUCAAUUCUUCUACCACAUUGAAGUGGACGUCGAAGUGUUGGAGUACAAUGAAAACAAAGAAGGCAGUUACGCCUUGUUUCAACUCACAUUCGACAACAGUGUUUAUAUGGAAACACGUCGACGACCUAAACGUCACUCUGUCAUAUCCCUCAAUGGCGACACCGGCAGCUUGAAGAUACCGAUGGAAAUUUUCUACGAGGUUUUUCCAUUUCACAUUGUCUUUGAUCGAGACAUGGCAAUUUCCAGCACUGGAAAUAGCUUGGAAGCUAUAUUGCCCGCUCUUCCUGGAAAAACUAUUGUCUCACAGUUCACACUCAUUCGACCUUUCGUCCAUUUUACAUGGGAAAACGUUACAUUGCAUACAAAUGUGGUAUUUGAAUUACAGUCCAUCAAGCCUGUGUUACAGAAUAGUGUUUCUUUUGUGGAGAAUGGUGCAAAUGGAGAAAUGGUUUUAAAUGGAACUGAUAAAGGUGUCUCCAAUGAAUUAUGUUAUAUCCAUCUUAAGGGACAGAUGCUGUAUAUGGAAGACUGGCAAUCAAUGGUAUACCUUGCUACUCCGAUCAUUGAAAAGUUGGAUGUGAUGUGCUCCCUUGGAUUGUACAUCAAUGACCUGAGCAUGCACGACUCAAGCAGAGACCUUGUGCUUGCUGGAACACAGCAGUCAGCAGAACUCAGGCUGGCUCUUGAUCAGGAAUUGAUCAAAAGUGCAAAGCUUGAGGAGAGCAUGAAGGAACUAGACAUUGAGAAGAGGCGCACUGACUCACUGCUCUAUCAAAUGAUCCCCAGAACAGUUGCAGAUCGCCUCAGGCAGGGUGAACCAGCUCUGAAUACUUGUGAGAUGUUCCAUGAUGUGUCUGUGCUGUUCAGUGAUGUGGUUGGAUUUACACACAUUUGUUCACUUAUUAGCCCCAUGGAAGUGGUGACCAUGUUGAACAAUAUGUACACUGUGUUUGACCAGAUCAGUGAGCAGCAUAAUGUCUACAAAGUGGAGACAAUUGGUGAUGCAUACAUGGUAGUUAGUGGUGUCCCUGGAAGGAGUAUGUAUCAUGCAGAACAUGUUGCAGACCUUGCACUGGAUAUGAUAGCUGCCAUGCCAACACUCAGUGAUCCAUCAAAAUCAAGUGAAUACCUUAAGAUAAGGAUAGGUGUACAUACUGGUAUGGUUGUAGCAGGUGUUGUUGGUUUGAAAAUGCCUCGGUAUUGUUUGUUUGGUGACACUGUCAACACUGCUUCUAGGAUGGAGUCUACAGGAUUGGCCAUGAAAAUUCAUGUUAGUGAGACAACUUACAAUUGUUUACAAGCUGCUAACUAUCUCAUGAAGCAAAGAGGGAGUAUUGAUAUCAAGGGAAAGGGAGGAAUGAAGACUUACUGGCUUGUUGGUAAGAAAGAUGGAGGAGAAGCGGUCCAGUCUUAUAUGUCUAUGGUGGGAGGCCACACUACUGCAAUUGGGGGACACCAUCAGGGGGAAAUGUCUCAUGCUACCAUGGGGAGCCAUACUUUUCAGCCCAAGGCUGAUUCUGUGCCUGAAGAGGAGGAACUCAUUGAAACAGAAGAUGAUGUAGUGAUACCACAGAAAGACUGUCCAGUUGCCUACUAUGGUCAUGUUCCUCACACACCACACAGCUCUAAUAAUGGAGUUCUCUUCCAAUGGGAAAAGGUCAAUUUUAAAGAAGAUACUUUAAUAGAGGUAGACAAUCCUGCUGUGGAAGAGAAACAAAAAAAAUCAGACAUGAAAAAUGGACCAAAUACCCAGAAGGAAGUAAAGGCCAACAAUUCCAAUUCGACACUAACCACCAUGUGCAGUCUUUUCUAAAUUAUCACUGGUUGGUAACUAAUUUUAUCUGUAUACUUAUAAUUUUAUUAAUAGGUGCUUACAGCACAAUAGUUGGAGUCACAUGUAAUGUUGAAACAUGCACAAUUACUACUAGCCUGAAGAGAACCAUCAAAUCUCUCUUUCACUUUCUGACCAAAGUUAUCAGAAUAGAUGAAAGGGGAACUUGGAUAUUGAAGGAUUUGAUAGUUUGGCAUGAAUUAGAAACGAACAACUUGAACAAAACUCUGAGGCAGCUUGGAUUUUUAUAGAUACAGAAAUUGUGGCAUGGCUCAGGAAGAAUCUUGAUUAAUUUUUUGCACAGCAAUAUUUAUUAAACUUGUCUUGAGUGAAAAAAGGGUGGGUGGAGCUAAUAUGGAAGGAGGGGUCAUUAACUUAACAUACAAGCAGCCUUGUACAUUGACCUUUAAUGUUGUUAAAUGCCUUGAUUGUCUUUAGACAUGAUUUACAUGUUCAAGGUAAUGUUCCUUUAUAAAAUGUUUUUAAAAAAAUAGUUACAGUACUGGAUAGGAGACAUAAGGGCCUAAUAAUUGGCAGGGCUGGCAAUCUGUCGGCUAGCUGGUUAGAUGCAAAUUUGAGACUUACGCCUGUCUCACUGUGUUGUGUUCUAAGGCAAGAGUCUUAACUUUCACAGUGCCUCUCCUAAGCAGGAUUGUCAACCCUUUAACCCCUAAGAGUUACUAGCAUCUAAUUUCUCCUUACAAUAUCACCUCUGAAUCAUACAUUAAGGUCAUGAGAAUAAAGGAAAUGACCACCAACCAAAUAGGCUCAUGAUUGUUAAACAAAUUCUCCUUGUUAGCACCUUAAGAAAUGUAUAGAGAACAGUAUGGAGAAUAUCCAUACUGAUUUUAGGGUGUAAAGGGUUAACAAAAUUGUAGGCACAGGUGAACUGAAAAUGAACUUGACAAAAUACUGAGAGUAGCCUGAUAUGGAUGAGGUCCCAUCCACAAGGAUUAGAAGUGUAUCAUAGGAUGCCACAGAAAUCAAGUUGAACUCAGGACAUGGGCUGCUUUGUGUGUUUAUAACUUGGUUUAUCAUAAAUGCUUUUACUGGAUGAUUCAUGUCUUCCAGCUUAAGCGACCUAUUGUAAAUUUGUUCUUAAGGGUCGACUUCGAACAAUUUAAAAGGAUUUUAAUCAUUAUGCUAUUUCUAAUUAUGCAGAGAUAUGUUAUAUUACAUAGGGGGUAAUUAGUCACCACAGAUUAGAUCAGUGAUCUUUUAUGAACAAGAUAUUUCUUAAUAUAUAUUAAAAAAGGGCUGGUUGAUCCACCAAAAGAUUACUACACCAUAAAAUUCAUAGCACAAUAAAAUAUUUAAAGAGAAAUUAUUGUGAGCUAGGCUCAGAAAAUAAAUUAUCAAAUAUGCACAUUUCCUGAGGAAUACUACUUUAUAUCUGUUAUAAUACAGUAGCCUAUGAAAACUGGGAUUGUUUCAGAGCAUUAAGUCAAUAUACAAUAACGUUAGAAGUUAAGAUGAUAACCCAACAUCUGCUGCAGAUAUUGGUUUAUCACGUCGAGUUCAAAGUCUACCUAGUUUUCAAUCCCCCUUGUUCAUGUAUUUUACAACUCAGAGAGUUAUGUCUCCUUUUGCAAUUUUUUUAAAAAAUGUAUGAUAAAACAAUUGUUAAAUUUGGUUUUCGCAUGAUAUUAUGAAUUAUCAAACCUCGUGUCUGAGUUAUCUGCCAAAGCCGAAGGCUGAGGCAGAUCACUUGGACCUUUAUAUUGAUAAUUCAUGAUACCAUGCUCAACCUCGUCCAAUUGCUGCCUAUUAAUUUCAUUGGGAUAUUCCUUUUUGCGUAGAAAAUUCCACUACCUGCCAUGCUAGAACACCUCGUUCCCUCACUCUUUGUCGCAGACAUACAUUAACAAAAAUAUUUUCAUAGUUUACGUUACUUGUGUGAUUAUGAACUGGACAGGCGGAGAUACCAACAUGCUCAUGGCCAUGUUUAACUUGCAAGUGAAGAAAUGAUGUUAGAUCUUAUCUUAUUUCAAUAACUAAUCUUACUUGUAAAUACUGAUCGUCAAACACAAACAAACUCUAUGUAUAGUCUUGGUGUUUAGGUAUGUUUGAAUCUUUGAAAGUUCUUAUUUCAACAUUCUUUUUGUUGUAUAAAUUGAUGCAAACAAU